UUUCUAAUUUCCUGAAAAAAGCUAUAUAAGCAUCCCGACUUCCCAGGUCAUUUCCCUCUCAUCAACUCAAACCAUCACAUCUACUCAAUCCAUCCAACUAUCAAGUCUCUCAUUUCAAUUUCACCAUUUCAAUAUGCAUUUCCUCUCCAUCUUCUUAACCCUCCUCCCCCUGGCCUACGCCAGCCCCAUCCCAUCCCGUUGCCUCGAGCUCCAACAACUCGACGAAACCCUCACUGCCCUCGCCGACAUCGACCGAACCAACAUGACCGAGCAUGGAGUGAAGAAACUCGGAGAGCUCAUGGUCGCCCAGCCUGCGAUACGCAAGGAGCUGGAAAAAUGCUUCACCGACAACCGCCGUCGAGAUCUUGAUGAUGCUCUUAGUGGAUUGGGGCAAUCCAUUCAGGGUCUGCUGGGACAAGAAUCAGGAGAUAUCGCUGUUGACAUCGACCAGACUAAUUUCAUCGGCAAUUAUGGGGACUACAAUCGCCAGGACGGUGGCGAGGAUCAAGUGGAUAACAACUAAGACAUCGUUAGCUAGAAAGUGGGAUCGGGGUUAUACUGCGGAUUUUUAUAUUUGGCUUCUGGGUAGCAAGCCAGUCUUGGGACACUCCUUAGUAAUAUGUUACCCUGAGAUCUGAUUUUGAUACGCUAUGGCACAGAUGGGGUC